AUGGCUGAUGUCGAUCUGCACAGAGAUCUUUUAACUGCUUACAAAUCGAGCCCCAACUCCAACAUAGACCCGGCGAUACUACAAAGAUUGGCUAAAAAGUUGCAGCUACUGACCAUAUCUGAUCUCAAACAAGAAUCACUUGCACUGCACGAGAUGACUUACGAUCGGGAGUCAAUUGAGCAAUGGCUUGAGGGACACGACACACGCCCAAAGACUCAACAAAAGUUAUCCAACAAAUCCUUGACCCCGAACUAUGUUUUACACAGUCAUAGCACAAUGGUGUUAGGCCAAUGGUAUCGAUCGCCCAGACACCCUGCACAACUUAACCAGACUAAGCCAGACUGUUCUUCACCUCAACAUGCUAAAGUUAUAGAACUUGUCUGCAAGCUGUCUUCCCGGAGCAUUGAGGACAAAAGGUCUACUACUGUUGAGCUCCAUCUCCUUGCCCGGCUCAGUGCUGAAAACCGUACUGUCGAGCUCCGUCUCCUUGCCCGGCUCAGUGCUGAAAACCAUUGCUGCAUAGCUGAGGCAGGUGCUAUACCCUUCCUUGCGAAUCUAUUUUCUACCCUCGACGUACACACGCAGGAGAAUGCAGUCACAGCUGUUCUAAACCUCUCCAUUCUUGAAGAGAACAAGGAAAAUAUCGUAGCCACAGGAGCAGUGCCUGCGAUACUCAAAUGUGCUGAGGAGGGGUAG